CCCGAAAGGAAUGAGUACAACCGUCAAAAGCCGUCAAGCUGUCGCUGUCUCUUGCCUGGCCUCUUGCUGCCUGACCAGUCUCUUCUUCUGAUACGCAUACUCCCUCUCGAACAAACCCCACUCAUCAUCCUCCCUCAGCCCCUUCUCCCUUAUCUCGCCCAUCAGCUCGUCCAGCUCCUCACCACUCUCAGCAAGCUUCAGCCUCCCCACAUACUUCCACCCAGCAACACGAACCGACCCCUCCGACCGACAGAGCUCUCCACCAACCUCUCUCUCCCUCCUGACGGGCGACAGUGGGGUCCAUUUCCACCCAUCGCUCGGCGGCGGACACAUGGCCAGCGUGUGGACGAGGCGGUCGGCCUGCGUCAAGACGGCCGGCAUCUCGACCACCUCUCCCUCUCUCCUCCAAGACGGGAAGGACACCGACAGCCUCACAGUGCCAGGGGCGGGCGGGGGGCGCCGGUAUGCAGGUGGUGGUCGGAGGAUGAGAGCGUCGUCAUUGUGCGGUGGGGGGUCACUUGUGGUGCUGUCGGGAAGAGAGAGAGACGGCAAUGAGGGAUCGAGGAAGGCAUUGACAAGUGAUGAAGGGGGCGGGGAGAAGAGGGGGUCGAAAUGGGAUGACGGCUGGUAGUGAGUGGGGGUCUGACGGGGAAGGAGGGAGAGGGCAUGCCCGAGAAGGCCGUCGAAUCGCAGACCAGAAUGGUACUCAACGAAGGAAAGAGGCACCUAAAUGAACACAAGGAAGAAGUUUGACCAUUGGCGCCUUCCCUCCCUCUUGGUGCGCACCUGGAAGUCCUUCGGAUGCCUGUCGUCGUACAGAGGCCCGUUGGGCAUCACAAAUACCCCAAAGCACACGGCGGGGAUGUCGGUCCCCUGCUGGUGCUGCCCUCUCGCCGUGUUGCCACUACUGCUCUCUUCCUCCAUGACAGCAUCUCUCGGCCUGACCGCCAUGAUGAUCUUGAAGAGAUGGGUGGGAACGGCCACGUGCCCCUCGCCCACAACCUCAUGACGCACAAAUCUCUUCGGCGGUCUGAUACUGGGUUGGGGAAGGAACAGCGGCCCAGAUACGCAGUAGACAUCUUCAUAGUAGCGGGUUAGGUGGCGACUUAGAUGCUCCAGACGCAGCCAAUCGGACCUGGACGAGAUGAGUCAAAACGCACGUUAUUUGCGGCAGGUCAUGUGUCUGUCGGCCUACCCAUUGUUGGACAUUUCCUGCGGCAAGAUGUUGCCACUGAGCCAGAAGGUCUGGUCCAUGGCCUCCUACUAGCAACAGACGUAGCAUACACGCACUUCUGUCCACAGACGCGCUUGUGAGCCCCCCCCCCGUCAACGGCGCACCUGUGUGUCUUUGUGUGCCCCUGCAGCAGCCAUGUGCCCACGAGAAUACCCCGAGCCACGGUAAUCCUAAAGCGGCACCCACAAUCUUCAAGCAGAGUGUCAAACAACCAUGGCCUCGCCUUUCGCACCUCGUUUGUCGCCGUGAAGAACCGGGGGACCCUCGGAUCAACGCGGAAGCUCGACUUGGCGCGGUCAGCGGGCCCAUUGACCGACGCGUACGUCAGCUUCUCGGCAACCCUGACCCAGACAACACAGACAAAGGCAAUGGAAAGGAAGCGUGUGUCGGCUCUUUCUGGUGCGAUUCUCACCAGUUGGGUAUUCGAUUCUUGAGAUUGACCGAGGCCAGGUAGCUGUGGCAGCUGACGAGAUUCUCAUUGCUGGGCAGCACCAGCGAUGGAUAGUGGGACAAGACCGGGUCAGUGCAGGGCACAUCUGCAACGCCUGCAACGAGAAACGAACAAUGGCUGGCACUGUUCCAUAGGUCGUUCCAUGCAGAUAGAUCUAUGUAUCAUUGUUCACGGCUCACCUGCCCAGUCAUUCUUGAGCAGCGACGGUCUGCCGUUCUUCUCCCUCGUAGCGAUGCUGCUCGUCCAGACAGGCGAAGUUGCCUCCUCGCAUCGAGCCGGACCUCUCGGUUGUGCCUUUCUCCUGUUGACGUAUUCGCACGAUACGAGCGCAAUGGAAAAACAUCCGGUACUAGCAGCUGCUACGGGAAGCAGCCGGCAUCCCAUGGCCACCGAGUCGAGAGGGGGAGAAGGGCAAGAGGAGAAAGGCUGAACGUUAGUGCAGUUCUUGUUGGGAUUUGCCAUGUGUUUUACGAGUCAUAGCGCUCUACCUACUGU